UUCGUGCAGCCAAGAAACUAAUCCAAAGCAUAGCAUAUGGCCGACCGCGUGAUGAAGCUGGCGUCGGAGCGGGCGGUGGUGGUGUUCACGCUGAGCUCCUGCUGCAUGUGCCACACGGUGACGAAGCUGAUGCAGGACCUGAGCGUGAACGCGCUGGUCUACGAGCUGGACAGCGACCCCAGGGGUAAGGAGAUGGAGCGCGCGCUGCUCAAGAUGCUCGGCGGCAGGGGCCCCGCCGUCCCCGCCGUCUUCAUAGGUGGCAAGCUCGUCGGCGGCACCAACAGGAUCAUGUCCCUCCACAUCGGCGGCGAGCUCGUGCCCAUGCUCAUGAACGCCGGCGCGCUCUGGCUGUAGACACCAGGGCAGCCGCGCUGAGUACCAUGCAAAAGCUUGAAAAUAAAGAGAACAUGUUCUUCGAAGAGUACCAAGGUUAGUAGAGUGUAUGCGUGUGUAUCGAGGGCAGGUUUUUCCCGUCCUGUUCUUCCGAGUUCUGAGAGGAAUAAUAACUAGGGCAAACUAGCUUGCCAGCUUCACAGAUGCCUUGGGUAGGAGCUAGUGAGCGAGAGAGCCUUGCUUUGUGAUUUCCUCUUCUUUUUAGAUGUUUUGUUGUAACUUUUCAACAGUGCAUGUGAUCAAUCUAUCGCCUUUUUUCGAUGGGCUUAUGAAUA